UACAAAGGUAUUCAUAACAUUUUGUUUAGAGUGAGUGCGUGAAUUAAUGCAGGUAGUUCUUUUAAACAUUAUUUAUAUAUGUUGUUAAUAACAGUUAUGUUAAACAUUAUGGUAAAGAAAAAUAGGAUUCAGAAAUUCGAUAAGAUAAAUCCACGUGAGCUACAUGAAAAGUGUGACUUUUAACAAGACAUCUCUUGCAAUGGGUUACAAUUUCUUAUUAUCAUCCAAAAGCAAUUUGAUUAAAACCAUGCAUAGACAAGUUCAUCAUUGUUGUAAAGUUCUAGUAGUUGGUGGUGGUACUGGUGGUUGUACAAUGGCAGCAAAAUUGUCAAGGAAAUUCAAAGGAACGUCUGAUGGAGUAAUAGUAGUUGAACCAAGCGAGGUCCAUUAUUAUCAACCAUUGUUUACUUUAGUCGGUGGUGGUAUUGGUUCUUACAAUUAUUCGAAGAAACCGAUGAAGAAGGUGCUUCCAAAAAAUGCUAAAUGGAUAAAAGACAGUGUGAUUGGUUUUGAUCCAGAAAAUAAUCAAAUUACUACGAGUAAUGGCGACACCGUACAAUAUGAUACUUUAAUCGUUGCAUUAGGUUUACAAAUUAAUUGGGAUCAAUUACCAGGUUUGAAAGAAGGUCUUCAAAGUGAAAAAUCACAAGUAUGUUCCAUUUAUGGAUCAGAAACUGUACCACAUGUUUUUAAUAAAAUCAAAAGAACGAAGGAUGGUACAGCUAUAUUUACAUUUCCAAAUACUCCUGUCAAAUGUCCAGGUGCACCAUUGAAAAUUACUUAUCUUGCUGAGGAUUAUUUUGUAAAGACAAAUGUACGUAAAAACAUAGAUGUGGUUUAUCAUACAUCCUUACCAGUUAUUUUUGGUGUCAAGAAAUAUGCCGAUGCUCUUUGGAAAAUUUGUAAUGAUAGAAACAUUGAUGUUAAAACGAGAUUAAAUCUUGUAAAAAUAGACGUUGAUAAACAAGAAGCGACAUUUGAGAAUUUAGAUUGUCCAGGUGAAACUUGUACAAUGAAAUACUCGUUGUUACAUGUAUGUCCACCAAUGGGACCACCAGAUGUUUUGAAGAAACAUCCUGAAUUGACAGACAAGACUGGAUUUUUAUCGGUUGAUCCUGGUACAUUGAAACAUACUAAGUAUUGUAAUAUUUUUGGAAUAGGAGAUUGUUGUAAUACACCGAAUUCUAAAACUAUGGCAGCUGUAGCUGCACAAGCAAAAGUUCUUUACAAAAAUAUCAUCGAUGAUUUAGAGGGUAAACCAAUGGUCAUGAAUUAUACAGGAUAUUCUUCAUGUCCUUUAGUUACUGGACGAGGAAAAUGUAUUAUGGCUGAAUUUGAUUACAAAUUACAACCCAUGGAAACGUUUCCUGUAGAUCAAUCUAAAGAAUUAUAUUUCAUGUUUUUACUGAAGAAAUAUUUCUUCCCGUUUAUAUAUUGGAAUCUUAUGCUAAAAGGUUGGUGGAAUGGUCCUGAAUUUUUCCGAAAGUUUACAAGUUUUAUGAAAUCUAAGUGAAGAUUAAAAGGUAUUUAUAUUUCCAUUUUGAGAUUAUAUUAAUAUUUUUAUGAAAUAUUUUAUCUUGUUAUUAAAU